CCAUUAAGGGUAUUAAUCUCUCUCUCCACCUUCUUUCUCUUUGGCCUUCUCUGAUGGAAAGACAGCUCCUGACCGCUGUGUCACCCACUCAGUAGGGGCAGAAUAUGUCCCCAGGUCCUCAUUGUUAGUAUAAGCUGAGGUCUACUUAUUCAGUGCUGCCUGGGAUCUUGUCUCCAACUUUCACUACAUCUUCUUGUGUAUCGCUGCAUCCCGGAGGACUCAUCCCUAACAAUCCAGUAUUAAGAAGUAGCAACAACAGCAGUGCUUCUUUGGCAAUUGAGAGAUAAAUAUUUCACGUGUCUGCUGACCCUCAGCUGUCUGCAUUUAGUGCACAUUGACAGCCAUUCACAGGUGGAUGUGACAUGAGUAGUGGCCAACACCAGUGAUUUGCAUCCAUCCUACGCCAGGAACCUUGCACCUUCCCUGAAGACAUGAGGAUCCUUACUUUCCUGGUCAGCCUUAAGACUCUGUGGGUUCUGGCUUUUUCCUCGUUUUCCAAUACGAUGGCUGUGAAUAACAGUGGCAAGUGGUGGGGUAUAGUAAAUGUGGCCUCCUCUGGAAAUGUGCUUCCUGGGUCAGACAUUGGCCCAGUUCCUCUGGUGCUAGAUCCAAGUCUUCAGCUUCUAAGUCGAAGACAGAGACGUCUUAUCCGUCAAAAUCCAGGCAUUCUCCAAAGCAUCACCCGUGGGCUUCUAAGUGCUAUCCGAGAGUGUAAGUGGCAGUUUCGAAAUCGGCGUUGGAACUGCCCCACUGGGCCUGGAAACCAGGUGUUUGGAAAGAUUAUUAACCGAGGCUGCAGGGAGACGGCCUUUGUGUUUGCUAUAACCAGUGCCGGUGUGACUCAUUCCGUGGCUCGUUCCUGUUCUGAGGGCUCGAUUGAGUCCUGCUCAUGUGAUUACCGGCGGCGGGGUCCAGGGGGGCCAGACUGGCAUUGGGGAGGUUGCAGUGACAAUAUUGAAUUUGGAAGAUUCAUCGGGAAAGAAUUUGUUGACUCCAGUGAAAGAGGGAGAGACCUAAAAUAUCUGGUGAACUUACAUAACAAUCAGGCAGGCAGAAUGACAGUACUGUCAGAGAUGCGACAGGAAUGCAAGUGUCAUGGAAUGUCAGGAUCCUGCUCCCUACGAACCUGUUGGAUGCGUCUUCCCCCCUUCCGAGCAGUUGGUGAUGCACUAAAAGACCGCUUUGAUGGUGCUUCUAAAGUGACGUACAGUAACAACGGCAGUAACCGUGGUGGUUCUCGUAGUGAUGUACCACAUCUGGAACCGGAGAACCCCACUCACGCAAUGCCUUCUGUUAGAGAUCUUGUAUAUUUUGAGAAGUCCCCAAAUUUUUGCAGUGCCAGUGAAAAGACUGGAACUCCAGGUACAACAGGACGAAUAUGUAACAGCACCUCCCUAGGUCUGGAUGGCUGUGAACUUCUUUGUUGCGGGCGCGGUUACAGAAGCCGAGCUGAAAAAGUCACUGAACGUUGUCAUUGCACCUUUCACUGGUGUUGUCACGUCACCUGCUUGAACUGCACUACUACACAAAUGGUUCACGAAUGCUUGUGACAGUUGUACUUAUGCACUUUGCAGUAAAUGGACGGCUUGAUUUCCCUCAUCAAAGUCUAGUGUAGUAAAAGUGUAUCUGCCAGUCAGGACACAGUACUGGCACAUUGACACUCAAAAUGCUACCAAAUCAGGGACACAAUGGACUGCUAAAUAACACUCAAACUUAUUUUUUACACUGAGAACAACCAUUUUUCAUACUGUAUUUAACAAAUUUAACACAGGACUGUAUAAUACACUUAGUUACUGUAUCUAUAACAUUCUAGCUCAUCUAGCACUGAUAAUGUUGCACUGAUUUAUCUGCUUUAACUUAAGUACCUAAACAUAGCAAUUAUUAAUUCCAAACCAUGGUACCUCAAGUAAUGCAAUAGGUAAAAGUUGAUGAUAUCAUAGAAACUGUUUGCCAAAAUGAGCAUCAGUAUUGUUAGACUAAAGCUGGCCAUACAUUAUACAAUUUUCUUCUAUAAUUUCCUUUAGAU